GUAUCCAAAACACAAUUUCUGACGCGUCGAGCAAGCAGAUUUGCGAGAGACGUGGAAACAAGAAUAACACGAAGUGGUUAUCAAAAUCUGUUGUCGCCAAAAUCUCCUAAUCAGGACACAUUGCUGAUUGAUCGGUAAAUUCGCUGGUCAGAAUUUCUUGCUAUUUCGGCACAUCGUUAACUUUCAAUUUAACCACAGGAUUCAAUUCUACCACAAUGCGCGUUAUUUUCACGGUCCUUGUUGCAACGUGCAACUUAGUCGCGGCGAAAUCGGUCAUGAACUUCACAAAGAUAUUUCCAAACAUAAACAGAUGCACACAUAAUCAGCAGUUUUUUGAUCAAUGCAUACGGCAGAGCAUACGAGCGAUAGAGUCUUACUUAUUAUGUGGUGUUCCGCAAUUGAACAUACUCUCUCAUGAUCCGUAUAUCAUCGAUCACCGCACGAUAAAAACGAAGGAUGUAAUAUUUAACGGCAUCGCGACGCUUACGAAUAUAAGGAUCUAUGGUCUAACAGAUUAUGAAAUAUAUAAAGUCGAAUAUAUCGGACCAACAUUAGAAAUGAGAAUUGAGGCCUUCUUCCCACGUAUUCAAUUUUACGCUUACUAUGACAUAGACGGUACAUUGAUGCUUGCACCCAUAAAAAGACGCGACCAUGAAAUGAGCAUAACUUGUAGAGACGUCAGAGCUUUUAUCCUGCUAAAUGGUACACAUUAUAUAAGAAGCAAUGGAUUACAAUAUUUCAAAGUGGAAACAGCGCCCGUGGAUUUAUACGUCAGAAAAGCCAGGAUCAACUUUCAAGAUUUACACGACAGCUUCAACCUAAUGUUAAAUGAAUAUCUGAACGCAAAGUUUGAAAAAACAUUUCAUACUGAAAUAAUGAUAAAAAUCGGAUACUUCGCUUCAGAAAUUAUCAUGACAACCGCAAAUAAGAUUUACUGGAAUUUCCCGAUAUCAACGUUGCUACUUAAUCCUUAAAUAAAUCUGAUCAGCAAGUGAGAAAUAAUAUAUCCUGAAAUAGGGACUAGAGUCGGAUACAUUAUUUUAAGUAUUAUCCAAAGAAUCUCCAAUAAGAUCUACUAGAACUUUCCGGUAUCAAUGUUGUCACCAUUAUGUCGUUGUUUUUACUUCACAACCAUGACAAAAAAUAGAUAUUCUAAAACCGUUAAUUAUCGGCACGACCGAUUGUGCGCAUGUGAUGUUUCAUAAAGAGCAAGAAUUCGUGUAAUCUUCUACGCAUAACGGGUUGCUCACAAUUUCUCUGAUGAAGUCAAAUGCUUACAACUGCAAGUCACUGGUCGCACGGACUUGCAUGACAUAAUCGGUGAUAAAAAUCACAGAAAUCGAAUGAUAGCAAACGAUUCUCCUGUUACAGUUGUAUUAUUGCAUGUCUCGUUCACUAUUACUUCGGCUCCUGUCACCACCGAUUGCCAAGCAAACAUGUUAGAAGUGGCUUACAAUAAUGACCAUUUCAUACGCUUCUCACUUUAUCAAGAAAAAACAGAUGGAAACUGUGCAAACAAAUAAACACUUCAUUUUAAUACAUA